AUGUUGACUGUGGCAUAUGGUGAAGCUACCUUGGACCGAAGCAACGUUUAUCGGUGGUACAAAAUGUUCUCAGAGGGCCGAGAAGAUGUGAACGACGAAGAGCGUGUCGGACGCCCGAGCACGUCAACAACAGACGAAAAUAUUGAUGAAGUGAAGAAAAUAGUAUUGGCCAAUCGUCGAAUCACCGUUAGAGAAGUUGCUGAGGACCUAAACAUAUCGAUUGGCUCAUGCCAUUCGAUUUUUACCAAUGAUUUGGGCAUGAGACAUCGCAUUAACAUUGCUAAGGAGCUGUUGGACUCUGUCCGCGACGACCUAAAUGUGCUCCAGAGGGUCAUAACUGGUGACGAAUUAUGGGUUUAUGGUUAUGACGUGGAAACCAAAGCUCAAUCAUCCCAAGGGAAGCUGCCGCACGAGCUAAGACCGAAAAAAGCGCGCCAAGUUCGGUCGAAUGUGAAGAGUUUGCUUACAGUUUUCUUCGAUUGCAAGGGCGUGGUGCAUCAUGACAAUCCGCCAAAAACGCCAGGAUUUGUGGAAGAACCAAAAUUGGCUUUUGCACCAUGA